AUGGAGGCGAUGCCCUGCCAGAACCAGCGGCUCGGCCUGCGGUCGCAGGACGAACAGCCGCCCACAGCCACAGCGGGCGGCGGCGUCCGGCAGAUCCGUUUCGCGGAGCCCGGUGAGGACAGUGGCUGCCCCAGCCCGGAUAGCAGCAGCAGUAGCAACAACGGGGUCGUGGCGGAGGCGGUGGCCCCCCCGAAUCCCGCCGGGGAGGACAGCGCGCCGGCGAUCGGGCCGCAGCUGAAGCUUUUGCCCAUGAACGACCAGCUCCGAGAACUCCAGACGAUCAUCAGGGACAAGAAAUCCAGUAGAGGAGACUUCGUAUUUUCUGCUGAUCGUCUGAUCAGACUGGUGGUUGAAGAGGGACUGAAUCAACUGCCAUACACAGAAUGUACUGUGACCACUCCAACAGGACACAAAUACGAAGGUGUCAGAUUUGAGAAGGGGAACUGCGGAGUCAGCAUAAUGAGAAGUGGAGAGGCAAUGGAGCAGGGAUUACGGGACUGCUGCAGAUCAAUCCGCAUUGGAAAGAUCCUGAUACAGAGCGACGAGGAGACGCAGAGAGCGAAGGUCUAUUAUGCCAAGUUCCCACCAGACAUUUACAAGAGGAAAGUUCUCCUCAUGUACCCAAUCCUAAGCACUGGCAAUACUGUCAUCGAGGCUGUCAAAGUGCUUGUGGAACACGGCGUGCAACCCAGCGUCAUCAUCCUGCUAAGCCUGUUCUCUACGCCUCAUGGUGCCAAAUCCAUCAUCCAGGAAUUCCCAGAUAUCACCAUUUUAACCACAGAAGUUCAUCCUGUUGCACCAACACACUUUGGACAGAAGUAUUUUGGAACAGACUGACACACUCAGCACAAACAGAUGUCACUCUGUCCUAUUACAAGAGUUUUUUUCCUACUUUUUCUUACUGUUGAGUGGGUUGAGGGCGUAGUUCAAAAUCUGUUUGGCCAAAGGGGGAAAUACUUGACUUUGAUCAGUCAUGGUCAGUCUCUGCCUGAACACUGACUCAGGUCCAUGACAAUGCACUCUCAGUACAAAGUUGAGCAUCUCAGCAUUGGGGUUGUAUAAAUGGCUACACUCUGCUUUAACUUAUUUAUUCUUCUAGAGCCUGUCUUGUGGCUGCUUGCAAGAGCAAA